AUGUGUCAACACUUCAUCCUAUAUCGUGGCAAGGGAGCUUCCAUCUCUUCCAAACUCAACAAAGAUGUGGCAGAGCCACUACAUAGGUCUUCUGAGGACCCAGAGUCAGGAAAUUUAGAAUUUCAAUUCCUGCACAAUCCCAGUUGUGCAGAUGUUCUGACAAAGCACGGUACUGCUUUAGCUAUUGAGAUGAGUCUAGCUAUGUACUGCUUUCUUGUGGGAGCAGUAUCCCCACCAUCAUAUAUUGCUGGCCAUAGGGAUAUCAAGGAGCAGCAAUAUGUGAUUAUAUCUUGA